UGUCGUCGAAAACCGUUGUACGAGAGUAACUCGAAGCGCAUAGUUUAGUGAGCAACAAAUCGAUCAUAAAUCAGAAUGAAAUUCGCCGUUGUAUUCGCUGCCGUUCUGGCUAUCGCCGUUGCUGCCCCAGUGGAAGAUCGGGACGCACAAGUGUUGCAGUACGAGAACGACAACCAGGGACUGGAUGGAUAUAAUUUCAAAUACGAGACAAGCAACGGACUCCAGCGAGUAGAACAGGCUCAGUUGAAGAGUUUCGGUGACGAUGUCAGCGCGUUGGUCGUACGAGGAAUGUACUCCUACCAGGGACCUGAUGGGCAGACCUACACCGUGAACUACGUUGCCGAUGAAAAUGGUUUCCAGCCAGAAGCUCCCCAUCUACCACAUGCCUAAACUGUACCUCAAAUUUAGUGUAAUUGUUAAUACUUCUGCUAGUGAUGGUAAAAAAUAAAAAGCAUUAAAACUGAUGUAAAUAAUUUCAAA